UUGCAGCCUUUGCCUAGAAUGCACCAAGCUAGAGUUUCGUUUCUGCUUCAGAUGCAGAAAGCACAGAAGCAGAAAAGUGUGCCUUGGAACUCCCGGUUCGAAUCCUGCCUCAUCAACCGGAGGUCUGGGCUGCGUGCACACAGCCAGGUACAACACGCGGAGAAGGACUUUGUGCCCCGUUUCGCACAGCACCAGCAUGAACGAGCUCAUGAACACCACUGAAAUCUUCGACGGCGUCCGCUUCCCAGGAUUCAUGCACACCCCAGAGUCCCUGAAAGCGGCUUGCUCUUUCCAGUUCCAAGACACAGACAUACUCUUGGUAACAUUCCCCAAGUCAGGUACCACCUGGAUGCAACAGGUUCUGAGUCUUAUCUUCUGUGAGGGUCACUUGUGGCCUAUUCACCACCUCCCCAACUGGGCCCGCAUGCCCUGGAUAGAGCAAACUUCCUUCAGCAGCCUCCUUUCCAAGCAGAACACUUCCUGGCCUCGUCUCCUCACCUCCCACCUGAAUGCCAAAGGGCUGUCCCCCGCUCUGAUGAAGUCCAAGGCCAAGGUGGUGUACAUGGCCCGGAACCCCAAGGACGUUCUGGUUUCCUUCUUCCACUUCCACCAAAUAGCCGGCUUCCUGCCCAACCCCAGCUCCUUUGAGGACUUUCUGGAUGAGUUUCUCGAGGGCACAGGCUUUUUCGGCUCCUGGUUUGACCACGUGAAGGGGUGGCUGAGCCUGCAGAAGGACCUAACUUUGCUUUUUGUCACAUAUGAGGAGCUGCACCAGGAACCCCGCAGAACCAUCCGCAAGUUAAGUGAAUUCCUGGGGCGCCCCCUGGGGCCCAAAGAGGAGGCUAUCAUCCUGGAACACAGUAGUUUCUCCUUCAUGAGUCAGAACAACAUGGUCAACUACAGCCUGCUGCCCAAGGAGAUCAUGGACCAGAGCAAGGGCAAGUUCCUCAGGAAAGGUGUUGUGGGGAACUGGAGGGAAUACUUUACACCUGAGAUGAAUGAGAAGUUCAACGCUGUCUACCAGUCCAAGAUGGGUGACUCUGGCCUUUGCCUCCCCUGGACCAUGGACUGACCCUUCUGACCCAUCUAGCGUAUUCACAUGGGCCCACCAUGCUACGACCCUGGUCUAGCCUGUCCUUCCACUGUGCUAUGCCCCUGGUCUAGCCUGUCCUCCUACUGUGCUAUGCCCCUGGUCUAGCCUAUCCUCCUACUGUGCUAUGCUCCUGGUCUAGCCUGUCCUCCUACUGUGCUAUGCCCCUGGUCUAGCCUAUCCUCCUACUGUUCUAUGCCCCUGGUCUAGCCUGUCCUCCUACUGUGCUAUGCCCCUGGUCUAGCCUGUCCUCCUACUGUGCUAUGCCCCUGGUCUAGCCUAUCCUACUGUUCUAUGCCCCUGGUCUAGCCUGUCCUCCUACUGUGCUAUGCCCCUGGUUUAGCAAUAAAAGCUCAGAUCCAUG